AUGUGGGAAGACUACUUGAAAGACAUUUAUUAUGAUCCAACCAACCCAGCUAGUUUUUCUGUUUCAGAUAAACUGUAUAGAUAUGUCAGAAGAGCCGUGAAGUAUGUCAUCAGCAAAAACAAUAUCAGAAAAUGGCUGCAAAGACAAGAAGCUUAUAGUUUACAACGCCCAAUCAGAAGAAAGUUUGCCAGAAACAAGAUUGUAGUUACUGGAAUUGAUGACCAGUGGUCAGCUAACCUCAUGGACAUGGUGAAAUGUUCCAAUUAUAACAGAGGUUAUACAUUUGUGUUGGUGGUGAUCGACGUGUUUUCCAAACACCUAUGGUUGGGACUAUUGAGAGAUAAGAAAGGCCUGAUAGUGUCUAGAGCUUUGGAAGAUGUAGUUCAAGAGGGGAGACAACCAAAACGAAUUCACACGGAUCGAGGUCAAGAGCUCAGAGCUCGAGAGGUUCAGAGACUCUUCAAACAAAGAAAUAUUCAGCAUCUACUCACCAACAACGAAAUCAAAGCAGCUGUGGCAGAAAGAGUUUUAAAAACCACCAAGACAAGGAUAUACCGGUACUUUACCUAUGAGUACGUCGAUCGUCUGCAGACUUUGCCAACAGUUAUAACUUCAUCUAUCACAAGACAAUCGGAAUAUGACGAGAAGUGGACAGGAGAAAUCUUCACCAUCAGCUAUGAUGGUGAUGAAAUUUUGGGAACCUUCUACCAGCCUGAACUCCAACAGAUUGAUGCGAAAGAAGACAAUCUCUGGAAAGUCGAGAAGAUUCUAAAGACAAGAGGACGUGGACUAAACAAAGAACACUAUGUCAAGUGGUUGAACUGGCCUAACAAAUGUAAUUCUUGGGUGAAGGCAUCUGACGUUGAACACUUGUAA